AUGGAGCGCUUCCACAAUCUGGCGUAUCAUCUCCGUGUAGCGCUGCUUGUGGCGCUGCUUCUAAUCGGGGGCUUUAUUUUUAUAGACUCCAUGUUUUCCACGUCAGUCAUCUCCAGGAAACAAUCAACUGAGGUGUGUCGUGGGGUGCGCCCGGUCGACCAAGUUGUGGUUCUUCUUGUCGAUGCACUGCGGCCAGACUUUGUGUUACCGCGGCUGUCGCACCAUUAUGGCAAUGGAAAGGAAUGUAGUGCCGCCGGCGUGAGAAACACGUUGCCAGCCUAUAAGCAUGGAAGGACGUUGAAGUACAUUGAGAAAAACCUGCAAGAUGCAGCAAAUCCAUCGCACGGUUUUUUCUUCUACGCGGAUUUUCCGACUGUGACAUGUCAGCGACUGCAGGCCAUGACGGCGGGGACCGUGCCGGCAUUCCUGGAGCUUAAGGGAAACAUCAACACCAACGCAAUGGAGACCGACAGUUUGUUGCAUAAGCUGCAACAACGAUCGAUUCUCUAUGGCGAUAACGCGUGGCUAAAUAUUUUUCCUGAUAAUGAUAAUACGACGGUGUGGAAGAAAACCUUGGGCUUCUCCACAUUGGACGUGAUUGAUUUGGAUACGGCUGACGAAACUGUGCUGAGACAUCUUCCGUCACUGCUCCUGGAGGAAACGAUAGAGAAGGCACCAUCUGACUACGCAAAGCUUAUCAUUGUUCACUUCAUGGGCAUUGACCAUGCCGGCCAUACCUUUAACGCGUACCAUCCGGAGAUGCAGCGUGUACUUGGGCGAACUGACGAAGCGCUGCAUAAUGUGUCUCGUAUAUUGAAGCAACGCAACACGAGCAUGCGAACUUUACUGCUUCUUCUUGGAGAUCAUGGAAUGACAAACAACGGCGAUCACGGCGGGGACUCGUUUCCAGAGACAGACUCGUUUCUGUACGCCGAAAUGUUUAAUGGAGACCACAAGCCAUCAUCAAACUCAGAAACAGCAGCAUCAUUGGCAGCUGCGGCUGCUAAAUCUUUGCGUCGAAGGUCUGAGUUAACUGAAGCUCGCUGGGCUGAGGGCCUUGACGCAGAUUUGAGAGCAAGCAAACCUUGUCGUGAGAUUUCUGGUGUCAACCUCAACCAGCUAAGUGCGGCGCAUCAAGUAGAUCUGGUACCAAGUAUCAGUGCACUUUUGGGUGUCUCCAUUCCGUUUUCUAACCUUGGCCGCAUCAUUCCGGAGCUCAUUAUGCUUGCUGAUCCAGAAGCGGAUUUGGACAAGCUUGAGGAGUGUAACUGGCGGCAAGUGAAGACCUUCUUUGAGGAAGCAAAAUUUCCAAAGAGUGCGGUGUGGGAGAAUGAGACUAUACCUUGGCGCGAACGUCUUGUAAUGAUGAGCUACUUUGGACGUAAAACACGGAAUCAAAUGAAUCCAGGCGGCAUUUUUUUGGGUUUGUGCUUCAUCAUGGUGGCUGCCCUCUCAAUAAUGCGAAAUGAUGAUGUGUUGCAGUGCCUUCGAUCGAAGCGGCUGACGGGCAUGUGGACGAUGCUGUUAUUUGUAAUGCGUCUUUGUGCCUUGCUCUCCAACAGUUUCAUUGAAAAGGAGGAUGUGUGGAUGCUCUGUUUGUUAGAGGUUCUUCUUCUGACAGCGCUUCUUGCCACGUCUCAAAAGCGUGCUUCUCCGCUUCUUUAUGUGCUGCCGGUGGCCUUGCGGGUUAUGGUGCCAUUGCUUGGCCGCAGUCUCUCGGAUAUCGAUACUGUUUCCGGGGUGGUGUCUCCAUUGGAGGAAUGGAUGAGUACACAUGCUGCUGGAUUGCAGUGGGAAUACACGGGUCUUGUUAUUAGUGCUGUCGUCUUUCUUCUUGCCUCCCUCCGCAAUUUCGAUCGACUUUGGGUGAUGGCACAGGUUUCUCUCAUGGCUGUGUGUUACAACCGGCUCAUCCUGCACCACAUCGCCCCGCUCUUGUUUUUUGUGUUGACUGUAUUUGUACGCGGUGGUUCACAUCUGCGGUACAUGGCAGUUGUCCUGUGGGCAGCUUCCCUCUGUUCUGAUAAAUACUUGGUGAGCGCUGUAAUUGCCAUUUAUGGGGCGCUACUGCCUUUUGUGGUGCGCGCAAUAAGUCACCUUCCAAUCCUAUCACAGGCGGUGCUGUUACAUUUUUUUUCAUGGGUUGCCUUCUAUUCGCAAGGGAAUAAAUGUUUUUUGCCUACCGUUGACUUGAACGCCUUUUUUGUGGGCAGCUCCCCCGAGUACGUCGUUUUUGGGGGUAUAUUGGUUGUUGUGCGGACCCUUAAUGCCUUUUGUUUUUUACCCAUGGCAGUUAUGAGUGUGUACAAGACCCAACGGGCAUACGGGUGGUAUUUAUGCUACUUGUUGGUGUACUUAGCGGUGAUGCAGACUGCCGUCUCUUUCUUUAAUGCGUACGUUCAAAAGUCUCAUCUGAUGUUGUUUUCUAUUUUCUGUCCAAAACUCAUGUUUGAUUUUGCGGCAGCCGGCUUGAUCAUUGUAGGAUAUGCAGUAGCAACGCUUGUCAUGUGA